AUGGUAUGUCACUCCCUCCGCAUCGUCCCUCAGAAGGGCCACGCCCAACAGACCGCCCUCGCUCCCUCAGCGCCAUCCGCUCCAGGUGUGCACGACACCCUCCGCUCCAACCAAUCCCUCAACACACCCCACAACGCUUCGCCCGCCUUCAGCGCCGUCGCCUCCUCACACCCUCUGGAAGCCCGCCUCAACAGCUGGCGCUCGACCCAAGACACGCUCAAGAUGAACAUGCUUCGCCGCGAGUUCGGUAUCGCCGAGCCCAUCCGUCGUGGCAUGGAAGUCAAGAUCUGCCAGGAAGGCGAGUGGAGACCAGCUGUUCUGGGAUACAAGGGUGAAGGCGUGCAUGAGGAGAUUCUCAGCGGAAGAGAUGCUAGUGUUGAUUGGGAGGAUGUGUUUAAUGGCAACGAGACACAGAAUGCGCCCGACUUCCACUCGGAGAUGGAGAACAGACUCAAGAUGAACUGGUAG